AUAACAAUUUUUUAAAGUUAAAAAUACAAAAAAAAUAGCUUAGAAGUUAUUGAAAGUCAACAAAUUCAACAUGGCUGCAGUUGCACUAAAUAAAGAGAUUACAUCAGAGCGUGUAAAAUUUGACACAACUAAACAUCAGCUGGAUGAACUUACAGAAGAAACCAGAGCUAACCCUGAAAAUGAAUCUAUGACAGAUGCAGAAAUAGCAGAAAGGGUUGAAAUCAUUUUAUUAGACAAAAUUCAAGCUGGAGAAACAGCGGCCAAAUUUCAACUUGGACUUCUGUAUUUUCAACAGGAAAAGUUUGAAAAGGCUUUAUCUUUGUUUGAUGAUUCAAAGGAUUUUGAUUACCAAUCUUUGUUUAUGUAUGGAAUAAUGAAGUAUGAUGGUAUUGGUACAGAGGUCAAUAUGAAAGAAGGAAUGGAUAGCAUGUUGAUUAUAGCUGAAUCAGCUUCCAAAUUCUGUAGGCAUUUAAUCUAUGCAGCUAGAUACAAUUUGGGCAGAGCAUUCUAUCAAGGUUAUGGUGAAAUGCAGUCGGAUUCAGAAGCUGAAACGUGGUUUCUGUUGGCUGCAGAUGAUGGCAAUCCUAAAGCCAGUGUCAAGGCACAAAGUGUUCUUGGAAUGUUCUACUCUAGGCUGGGAACAGAAUAUCAUGAUUUGAAGAAAGCCUUUUUCUGGCACUCAGAAGCUUGUGGCAAUGGAAGUCUUGAGUCUCAAGGUGCAUUGGGUGUUAUGUAUUUGUAUGGUAUUGGUGUUAAAAAAGAUAUGGAUGCCGCUUAUAUAUGUCUGAAAGAAGCAUCAAAAAGAGGAAACGUGUAUGCCAUGGGAAAUCUUGUCACACUCUAUUAUAAAAGUAAACUCUACACAAAAGCAUGUGACUUGGGCUACAAGACAGCUCAGCUAAAUGAGGAAGAUGUGCCAGUUUUGGCAACAGAUACAGAUUGUCUCCCUUUAUAUAUUGCUAAAGGAAUAGCGAUGGCUUGUUUUAUAUAUGCUCGAUGUCUAGUUGGAGGUCAUAGUCUCAAACCUAAUAAAGAACUGGCAAAAAUAUACUACUCAAAGAGCUAUCGUUUCGAUCCCGACAUCUGUGCUUUGCUUCAGCAUUCAACACAGCAAGGAACCAUUUAGCUUGAAGUCACAAGUUUUAUCAUAAUUUAACUUUAAGUAACAUCUUACAUCCAAUUAUCAUAAAAUUCAGAGAAUUAGCAUCAAAACAAUAUAACAAUGUUACAUCAUAAAGCAGGCCUAAUUUACAUCAGCCUCUUAAAAAUUGUGCAUGUUUUUUGAGUAAUAACUUUUUGUGAAACUUUUCCAUUGACAUCAAAACUAGAAGUUCAUGUUAAUUUUACUAAAAAUGUAAGUUCAAAAAUAAUUACACAAGCAAACUUCCGUAUUAUGGAUAAUUCAAAAUUAAUAUUUUUAAGUAGUCAUUGAAGUUUCAUUAGCCAUGUUUUUUUUAAGUAUCUGUGAUGUGUAGGCCCACUAAAAAUAUUAAUAAAUAAAAUAAUUUAAUUGUUAUCCAAUAAAGUGUAUUGCCCUUUAAAACAUGAUAGGCCUUAAGCCUAGAUGAGUUCAGCCUAUUUACAGGUGGACUGGAGGACUUUAAAGCUGAAAGGAAUUAUGAGCUCCAAUCAUGAGCUAGUGAUUAUUAAAUGUUGAUUAACAAACACUUGAAGCUAAAAAUAGCUAGCAGAAAAUUAGACCAUCUCACCCAAAAGUUGUCUGUUUUAUGUCCAAUUACAGCUAAAUUGAAUCCCCCACCCACCCCAACCUUUACCCCCACACAAACUUACACUUCUUUCAGUAUUAAAAUUAAAACACACUUUAAAUUACAUACUUAUAUUUAUACAAUAACUUUUACACUAUCCUUUUUAAUGCUUUGAUUUUGAUUCUUUCAUUUUAAGUUAUUUCACAAAAAUGAGAUUAUAUAUGAUUUACACACACAUUUCA